ACCCUUCGGGGUGGUGGGAGGGUUUCUACUUUUAUUGCACCUUGGCAAUGUACGUCACGAUCUGUACGCCGAGCUGGAAGUGCAAAUUCCCAGCCACCAAACAGCGGAAUUCCCGCCGCGAACAUCUGCAGGACGCCCCCCUGCCUUAUGAAAUCCAGGCGGGAGUGCUUCCUAGCACAGGAGAGGCGUGCCGUGCCACCCGAGAGCGGCGCUGGGCCCGGGGCCGCCCGCGCCUGCGCGCCCCAUCCCGGGAGCGCCAAGGCUGUCCCGGGAGCGGGAGGGAAAGGGGGCGGCGCCGGGGGCGGCGCCUGGGCCGAGCGCUCGGUGCUGUCUCGAGUGGCGGGGAUGCUGCGCGCCGGGCUGGGAAGAAGCAGCCGCUGUUGCGAAGGGCUCUGGAGGAGCCCCUGCCCCGCAGCUGCCGGCGGCAGUGCCAGAGCCCUGAGCGCUGCCUCCGCCUGCUCUUCCCCGGGCAGCGGCGUCGGGGCGCGGAGCGGAGGCGCUCCCCCGGCAGGUGCUAGUAAUGUAAAGCCAUUGGAUGGUGUCAAAAUUCUUGAUUUAACAAGGGUUCUUGCAGGACCAUUUGCCACAAUGAAUUUGGGAGAUCUAGGGGCUGAAGUUAUCAAAGUGGAAAGACCAGGAGCUGGUGAUGACACAAGAGCCUGGGGCCCACCUUUUGCUGGGACAGAAAGUGUUUAUUUUCUCAGUGUCAAUAGAAAUAAAAAGAGUAUAGCUAUCAACAUGAAAGAUUCAAAAGGAGUAAAGCUAAUCAAAGAGCUUGCAGCAGCAUCUGAUGUUUUUGUGGAAAACUUUGUCCCUGGGAAGCUGGCUGAAAUGGGUCUAGGUUAUGAAGACAUUAAAAAGAUUGCUCCUCACAUAGUGUACUGUUCAAUAACAGGUUAUGGUCAGACUGGUCCAAUGGUUCAGAGAGGUGGAUAUGACUCCAUUGCUGCUGCUGUUUCUGGUCUCAUGCAUAUCACAGGGCAUGAGGACGGUGAGCCAGUUAGACCAGGAGUAGCAAUGACAGACCUUGCUACUGGGUUAUAUACGUAUGGAGCAGUUAUGGCUGGUUUACUUCAGAGGUAUAAGACAGGAAAAGGACUACACAUUGACUGCAAUCUCCUGUCAACUCAGGUUGCAUGUCUCACUCAUGUAGCAGCUAAUUACCUUAAUUGCAAAAUUGAAGCAAAACGCUGGGGUACUGCUCAUGGGAGUAUUGUUCCAUAUCAGGCAUUCAAGACCAAGGAUGGCUACAUCGUAGUGGGAGCUGGAAAUGAUCAUCAGUUUGUCACUGUGUGCAAGAUCCUGAACUUGCCUGAAGUUAGUAAAGAUUCCAGAUACAAAACUAAUACACUCAGAGUCCAGAACAGAAAAGAACUUAUUGACAUAUUAUCAACCAGGUUUUCAGAAAAAGCAACGACCGAGUGGUUGCAGCUCUUUGAAGGGAGUGGGGUUCCAUAUGGCCCAAUCAACAACAUGCAGCAAGUGUUCUCAGAUCCUCAGGUACUGGAAGGCAGCAUUUACAUCAUCCAGAAAUUGCCUUAUCUUCUCCAGGCUGAAAAAACCCAAUUCUCUCAGCCUUUCUUCAUAGAAGAGGUGCUCCAACCCUCUAAUCAUCUUGGUGAUCCUCCUCUGGACUUGAUCCAACAGGUCCAUGUCCGUCCUGUGCUGGGGUCCCCAAAGCUGGACUUGGCACUGCAGGUACUGCACAAUGGACUUGUGAUGGAAAUGAAUCAUCCAACAGCUGGGAAGAUAGCUGUUCCAGGACCAGGUGUCAGAUACAGUGAAUUUGUUGUGUCACAUCCAAACCCACCUCCACUUGUGGGACAACACACAGUGGAGAUACUGAAGAGCAUGCUGGGGUAUGAGGAUGAUGCUAUAGAAGAACUGCUUUGCAGUGGUGCUGUGGCUCAGCAUGAGGUCAGAUAAGGAACAUUAGCUACAUUCCUUCACACUGAGUUCACAUUACUUUGUCCUCUCUUUGCUCCCUUCAGUUUCCCUAAUGGGACUCAAAAGAGAAGACAUAAUUUAAUUCCUAAUUUUCUUCCACGUGUGUUUGUAUGAUUUUAACACUGAUGUAUCAAAUAAAUAAUCUCAUGCUGUCUGAGUGAAAGAUUUUCUUGGGGGGGUUGGGAAUAAAUGUAAUUAUACAGUCCUGUGUGACUACUCAUUCUCUCUACUUCACAUGGAAAAUAGAGUCCUUAUCAUAAUUACAGUAAUUGCCUAAACAUUUGUCCCCAGAAAGACGUGAUGUUAGUGAAAAGAAGCAGAAGCUUUAAAAUCUUUAUACUAGACUCUCCAGUCACAGAAAGCUGCUUUCUUAAGCUGUGUCUUAAUAGAAAGUAAUUUAUUUACAAAUUGGUAGUUGAUCUGAUUGAUUUUGAACAGAAUUAUCCAUCCUGAAAACUUUGUUCAUAUCUAUUUUAGAUCAAGAGUAGAGUAACCAUUGCACAUUUUACCUCUAUUCCAUGGAAUUCCAAAUUACUAAUAUGUCAUUAUAUUACAUUCCAUAGUCGUGACAAUCUCAACAUGUCAGCAGAAAGAAGCUGAAAUUGGCACAGUUCUUCAGUUAUCAAAAAUACCUGUUCCAAGACCAGUUAAGAGACAAACUGUGGCUGAAUAGUCUUCUGUAAUUUUAUUCAGAAAGGUUCAGGGUACUCUUCAUUAAAUACUGGUUCACAGAAAACCACCAUGCUGAAUGUUGAGUACCAAAACUUGCCUGAUGGUUCUGUGGGUAGGUACUGAUCCCCAUCUCUGACUCUAGUUACCAGCCAAACCACCUUCAUGAUGGAGAAAGCACAGGUUGAAAUUUGUACCAAAUUUUUGACUCAGUCCAACCUUCAUGGUGAAAACCUGGUGAGAGUUGACAGAUCUUCUUCAAAUUGCAUAAUACCAUGUCCUUCAGUAGGGUUGCUCUUGAGAGUAAGGCACCGUGAAGUGGAAGAAGC